AUGGCUCCCGGCCGUCGCCCCUCGUGCCGGCGGCUGGAAGCGGUGAAACGGGGGCGGCCCCGACAGUCGGCGCAGCCGCGCGCGCACAAGACGGGGCCCCGGGAGCCGCCACCGCCGCCGUCGCCGCCUCCGCCGCCGCCGCCGCCGUCCGCGCCCCCGUCGUCGCUGCCGCGGCCCUCGACGCCGGCGUCCCCGCGCGGCCCGUCGCACUCGACGGCCUCCCUGGGGGACCUGGGCGAGCAGCGCGAGCGCUGGGAGACGUUUCAGAAACGGCAGCGGCUGAGCUGCGAGGGCGCCGCCAAGCUGCUGCUGGACACCUACGAGUUCCAGGGCCUGGUGAAGCACACGGGCGGCUGCCACUGCGGCGCCGUCCGCUUCGAGGUGUGGGCCAACGCCGACCUGCGCGUGAUCGACUGCAACUGCAGCAUCUGCAAGAAGAAGCAGAACCGCUCCUUCGUGGUCCCGACGUCGCGCUUCAAGCUGCUGAAGGGCGCCGACCACCUGACCACCUACACGUUCAACACGCACCGGGCGCAGCACACCUUCUGCAAGCGGUGCGGGGUGCAGAGCUUCUACCGGCCGCGCUCCAGCCUCAACAGCGUGGGCAUCGUCCCGCACUGCCUGGACGCGGGCACCGUGCGCAGCGUGGUGGUGGAGGAGUUCAACGGCGUCAAUUGGGAGAAGGCCAUGAAGGAGUGGAAGGCCAAGAACGUGGCCAAAGAGUGA